AUGGCUUCAUCUAACAUUAUUGACUGCACAGAUAAUGUCUUUAUCCAGGACAAUGUCAUGGUAAUGGACAUCGACAACCUUCUCGCUGAAUGGCCAACCUACAAAGUAAAUUUCACACCUCAAAAUCCAGGACCUGUGAAACUCAUCAUCCGGCUUAAAGAUGCUGUCAAGCUCAUUCAUAUUGAAGACACAACAGAUAGUGAGGCUGAGCUCUUGUUUCUGGGCAAACCAAAAGGACAAAAGAGAACCUCUUCUGAUCACAAGAAUAAGAAAAUCAAGACAUAA